AAGGCAUUAUAUCAGUGUGUGUGUGUGUGUGUGUGUAUUUACCUAUUUGUAGUGCAUAGGGCCUGAGCUCAAGCUCGGUCAGUCCUGUCUCCCAAUCUAUAUUUGUCCAGCUUUUCCUUCAUUUUAUGGACACUGCCCACUUCAACAAUGUCUUCGCUAAGUCCAUUCCAUGUAUCCACACUCCUGUAUGGGAGUUCUGUCUGAGCAGCCAUUAGGAGCGGAUGGACAGAACUUUUUCUCCUCUAGGUGGCCAUAGUUGAGCCUAGUCACGCCUAGUCGGGUGCUGUGGGCCACAGCAACCACUAUGGCCUCUCAAUCAGACAGGCCGCCUGUACCUGCCGCCUGCACCAAAGAAGUGGAGGUACAAGAAGCUGAGAUGGACCACUGGUCUGACACUGACGCCCACCCACAAUACAAGAGGCAGAGGACUACGUCGUUGUCAUCAACACCGGACGUGACCCAGGAGCACCCGAGCCCUAAUCCUGCCACCCUCCCCGACCCCCACCGUACACCAGAGCCUCCUUCAUGCUCCGGGCUAAGUCUGGGGCACAUGUCUUCAAUAACCCACAGAAGGUUGCAGAUGCCCUCAGCUCCUCCCCCAUAGGCAAGUAUGUCUUGGAGGGGGAACUGCAUUCCCUGGGUAACGGCUCAGCCCUCGUACUCCAGGUAUAUGAUUACAACAUCCUGAAGGUGCCGCACACUUCCUCCGGCUGGAUGGGUCCUUAUAUCACCACCACCUCAGUAUCUACACAGAAGGCUCACACUCCCCAUCGCCACCUUCCAUGGCAUUGGCCAUCUAUGACCCCAGUACCAGCACUUGCAGGACGUGGAGACUCCCCCCGGAGAUCGACGUCCUGACAGCCAAGCUGUAUGCCCUGCACCAGGCCCUCACACACCUCCACUCCACCCACAACAGGGCCAAGGCCAUCAUCUAUAUGGACUCCCUCUCCUCCUCUCCCGCCACCUAACAUCGUCGACAGCCCUUGCCCACACUAUCCAAUGGGCCCUCCUCCUCCUGACAUCUGAGGGCUGGGAGAUCACCCUGCAGUGGGUGCCCUCCCACUCAAGCAUCAAGGGCAACGACAUCACCUACGCCACAGCCAAGAUGGCCCUCACCGAGGUAAACAUCACACCACUCCCCCUCCCACUCUCCACAGCCACACGCCUCAUCUCCUGCACCUGCCGCUCUUUUUGGGACGACACGCUCGUGAACACCCUCCGCAUCACCUCCAUGGGCCAGUACCGCACCAACUCCUCCCCACAGCCGUGGGUGAGGAAACCAUCCCGCAUCCUAGACAUGGCCUUGACGUGCCUCCGCCUGGGCCACAUAACACUCAGCGCUCACCUCCACCGCCUGCGCCUGGCCCGUGACCCUCACUGCCCCUGGUGCAGGACUGUCGAGGAGACCAUUGAACAGCUCCUGCUACACUGCCCACGCUUCCACUCCCAGCGAGUGCUGCUACGACACCAACUCUGCUCCCUGGACGUGCCAACCUUUGACCUGCCCACGCUGCUGGCGGCGGCAGGCAUCCACCCCACAUGACAGGAAUCAGUCAUCCGCCUCACCUGCGCCUUCCUCUGGAAGACGGGGCAACUGACGCAUCUGUGAAGCCCUCAUAGGACGACAUCAGGGCUCAUGUGAGAGAUUAGAUCACUGCUGCCCAAAACAGCAACAACAACAACAACUCCUGUAUGAAAAACUGAACUUUCUUAGGUGUUUCAAACAAGUCCCUUUCCUCAGUUUCUUGCUGUGUCCUCUUAGUUGCCUCCUCCCUUUCAUCUCGAUUGAAUCAUUUCUGUCCAAUGUUUCCAUUCCAUUUGUAUUCCUGUACAAUGCUAUCAAGUCUCCUCUUUCUCUUCUUUCUCCCAGUGUUGGUGAGCCCACUUCCUCUGAUCUAGUCUUGUAUGGCAGGGUUGAUAGUUCUGGUACCAUCUUAGUGUGUGUGGAGUGGAGUCUUAGAAUAGAAGUUUGGCUACUAUCACAGGUGCCAUGCUAUCAUAAGAGCUAGGCCAAAUUCAAGUUCCGAAUAUUUAUUUAUUUAUUUAUUAUUUUUUUUUUUACAACAAAGGAGACAGCUCAAGGGCAACAAAUAGUGUAGAAAAAAAAAGACCACUACUCACCACUCCCACAACAGACAAAAGUAAAGAGUGGCCAAAAGAGAGGUCAGUUUCGGGUGGUGUCUAGCUUGACACACUUCUUGAAAGAGUUCAAGUCAUAGGCAGGAGGAAAUACAGACGAAGGAAGGCUGUUCCAGAGUUUACCAGUGUAAGGGAUGAAAGAGUGGAAAUGCUGGUUAACUCUUGCAUAAGGGGUUUGGACAGUAUAGGGACGAGCUAGAGUAGAAAGUCGAGUGCAGGAGGGGGGGAGGCAUGCAGCUAGCAAGUUUGGAAGAGCAGUCAGCAUGAAAAUAUUGAUAGAAGAUAGAAAGAGAGGCAACAUGGCAGCGGAAUUUAAGAGGUAGAAGACUAUCAGUAAGAGGAGGGGAGUUGAUGAGACAAAGAGCCUUCGACUCUGUCCAAGAGAGCUGUGUGAGUGGAGCCCCCCCACACAUGAGAUGCAUACUCCAUACAAGGGCAGACAAGGCCCCUGUAUAUGGACAGCAUCUGUGCAGGGGAGAAGAACUGGCGGAGACGAUACAGAACGCCCAACCUCAAGGAAGCUGAUUUAGUGAGAGGAGAUAUGGAGUUUCCAGUUGAGAUUUUGAAUUAAGGAUAGACCGAGGAUGUUUAGUGUAGGAGAAGGUGAUAGCUGAGCAUAGCUGGGCACGAUAACAGAAAACCGUAUUCCCGAUAACCGAUAACUGAUAAUGGAAAACCUUAUUGGUGAUAACCGAUAUUCGUUAACUGGAGACACAAAUAUAGGCGAUAACCGAUACCCAAUAUAAAUCCACAAUUCCGAUACUAACUAGCGAUAAGUCCGAUAGGCAAAAACGAUACUAUAUUGAUAUUUCAACUAAAACAACAUAGAUGAAUUCAAAUUUUCAUUAUCUGUAUUUUAGAAAACUUACAAAACCUGAAAACCACACGUUGACACAUACCCAUGGACGGUAAUACUAGAAACGCCUGAACCGGUGUUGUGUUAUUUGGCGUCCCCA